CUUCUCUGGGCUUCGGAGCGUCGCCUCUCAGACCGUUGUCGCGAGGGCCGCCCACUCCGUCAGUUGACGAUCGCGGAGCCGCCGGCGGGAGCGGCGACCCAGAGGCGGCGCGGGGGGACCCAGCAGCAGCAGCAGGAGGCAGCGAGCAGCGCCGGAUCUUCCCAAGGGGAGGCGUCGCUCCGGCUGUUGGUUUUUCCUCCGCCUUCCCAAUUGCUGCCCCCGCAUUUCAGCCCAGGGACGCCAUGGACAGAUGAUCUUGGCUCUGCGCCGCCAUGCUACAGAUGCGUGGCCGCUACCUGCUCCUUUUCCUGGGAGUGCAGCUGGUGGUGAUGGCCCUGCUGUACCGUGAGGGCUACCGGAAGCGCGUGGCUUAUUUCUUAGGGAUUUUUUGCAAAGGGGGCACUUGGACUAUGCCGGAUGGCUUCCCCAACGCGUCACUGCCAGGGGAUGUCUACGCUAACCUCAGCCUGAUUGCUCGGCCUCCUCUGCCCCCCGAGGAACUUCCUUACUGCCCCGAAGUCUCACCUUUUCUUGGAGGGCCCAUUCGAGUGACACUUCCCCUCGGAUUGACGCUUGAAGCAGUCCUACGGAGGAAUCCCUAUGUGACCAAAGGGGGGCGUUACCACCCCCCCGACUGUGACGCCACUCACAAAACGGCUGUCAUCAUUCCUCACCGUAACCGGGAGCAACACCUCAAGUACCUGCUGUAUUAUUUGCACCCUUUCCUGCAACGACAGCAGCUCAGUUAUGGCAUCUAUAUCAUCCAUCAGACUGAAAGUUAUACUUUUAAUCGGGCCAAGCUUUUGAAUGUGGGCUUCAAGGAAGCUAUGAAAGACGAGGAUUGGGACUGCAUAUUCUUCCACGAUGUGGAUCUCAUUCCGGAGGAUGACCGAAAUAUUUAUACGUGCGAUCAAUUUCCGAAACAUGUGGCUGUUGCCAUGGACAAGUUUGGCUACAAGCUUCCCUACAAGACGUAUUUUGGAGGGGUUUCGGCACUUAGUCCAGAGCAAUAUAUGAAGAUGAAUGGAUUUCCUAACAACUACUGGGGCUGGGGUGGUGAAGAUGAUGACAUCGCUGUCAGGGUAGCCCUAAGUGGGAUGGUGAUCUCUCGCCCGUCUAUUCAGUAUGGCCGUUAUCGCAUGAUCAAACAUGGGCAUGACAAGGGCAAUGAACAGAAUCCCAAGAGAUUUAACUUGCUGGCCAAGACGAGGAGGACAUGGAAACAAGAUGGUAUGAACACCCUGGAGUAUCAGCUGCUCUCCAAGGAACUCCACCCUCUCUACACCAAUAUCACUGUGUUCAUUGGGACUGAGAAAGGCAUGCAACACACUACAUGAUGCAUAUCCGACAGAGUGGCCCUGGGGACAGGAGCCCCAGCCUGCCAUUUCUUCUGGAGGGACCAAACCAAAGAUUCCACCGAGGGAUAUUCUUGUCCAGAGUCGGGUGGCUGUAUCAUAUUCUGACCGCAGAGUCCAGCUAGGAUGCUGCGAGCAACAGCCCUGCAGUGACCGAAUGAGGACUUUACACAGCCUCCCUCUCCCCCUCAGCUGCCCUACUCCUUUACUCCAAUUUUGGGGUCCUUUUUAACCCUGGGGAUUGAGGUGGCUUCUGACAUUUCCUGGGAUGCCUUCUGAACCUUGCCUUGGCGGAGCGGCACUGAAGUCACAAGGGGGCGGGGGGGGGGGGGGGGGGCUCCCUUAAGCAAUCUGAAUUUUCAGAGCUGUUGUGCCAGGGUUGGCUUUUUUUCUUAUUAAA